AACAUUCCUCAGAGUAUGUGGUUUUUGUCAGUGGCCCUCCACAACAGACCAAAGUAUCUCCUACAACUCAUACUACAGGAUUUAGAUAGAGAGAAGUUAGGAAACAUCAGAAGGCCAGGAGAAACUUUGCUCAAGACCUACUUGAAUACGUACAACUUCACUGAAUUUCAUUUAGAUAGUAUUUUUAAGUAUGGUGAAGACAACACUUUGCCAAAAGAGAUUUUCAAGUGCCCCAAUGUGAAACUGUUGUCCCUCAAAUACAACUGCCUGGAUAAAAUCCCUGUUGACAUUGGCAGAAUGAAGAAUCUGAGAUUUCUGGCCUUAACGAACAACAAAUUACAAGUGCAAUCAAUCCCCUACUCUCUGACUUUCUGUCGUAAACUGAAAACUCUCAUGUUGGACAAUAACCUACUAGAUGCAUUGCCAGGUUUCUUGUUGAAAAUGCCAGCCAUACGGACUGUCCAUCGUCAUGGCAACCACAAUUAUUUUAAGUCAACGUUCAUGUGGUACCACACGGAUGUGGGGUACCGCAUCAUCCCCUCUGAAGGUGCUCACCGUGACUCGGAUAGAAAUCCCAAAUCCCUCCAAUUCUGGGCGGCAAAAACUGUGAUUGGAAUGAAGAUGGAUUUUUUCGAGGAUCCCAGCAUUUCUGUGAUAUUACAAGAUUACCUGUCAGAAAUCUAUCACCAGUUCAAAGUGUGCCAUUAUUGUAAUGGUGCCUCCUUUCAUUAUCAACCAG